UCGCUUUCCAACGGCCGGCGGCGGGGCAGUGGUCCGCCCCGCCCCUCCGUCCCCCGAGCGGCGGCCGCGGGGCGGGCGGCGCAUGCGUACUGUGGCGACCGCAGGGCCGGCGUCUGUCUGGUUCCGAACGCCUCACGGCGGCACGAAAUGGCGGCCUGACGCCAGGCUGCCAGACAGCGGGAGGAGGGAGCGGGUGGCUGAGGGCCCGGGCGGGGAAUGGUGAGCGGGCUCCGGAGCCGGACAACCUGCGACUGGACUCUGCUUGCUAGCCGCAGCUUCGGCCCCGCAGCGCCGCGGCGAGCGAUAGUCAUCGGGCCGGGCCGCCGUGCCGCGCGGGUGUGGAAAAAUGGCGAAGAGAAUUGCAGAAAAGGAACUGACUGACAGAAACUGGGAUCAAGAAGAUGAAGCUGAGGAGGUGGGAACCUUCUCAGUGGCUAGCGAGGAAGUCCUGAAAAACAGAGCUAUUAAAAAAGCAAAGCGUCAGAACGUUGGAUCAGAGCCUGAAAGUAGAGGAGCAUUUAAAGGGUUUAAAGGCUUUGUAUUGCCUUCUGGAAAAGAAGGAGGUGGCUUCAGCGGGUUUGGUAAUGGUGCAGGAAUAAAGCCUUUAGAAGGCCUGUCUAAUGGAAACAGUAGUAUCUUCAGUACUCCUUUCAGCGGUUUAAAGACAACAUCUGAAACAAAAUCUGCAUUUGGAUCCCCCAUGUCAAAUGGUCCAACUACAGCCACACUUACUGAGAAGGCGACUGCAAGCCCAAAAGUGAACGGUGGCAGCCAACCAUCAUCAUCUGGCUAUACUCAGAGUAAAGUCUGUAGCUCUAGUGUUUAUCACAAACAGCUAGCAGCUUUAAACUGUUCUGUGCGUGACUGGAUAGUUAAGCAUGUAAACACAAACCCGCUAUGUGAUCUGACGCCUAUCUUUAGAGACUAUGAGAAGUAUUUAGCAACUAUUGAACAGCAACACGGAAACAGUAGUGAUAGUGGCUCUGAAAACGAAAGCAACAAGACACCUGGCACACAGUCUGUUUCCACAUUUGGGAAUUCAAAGCUACAGCAAGGAUCAACUUUUCUAUUUAACAACAAAACUGAGGAUGCCUCUGACAAAAAACCUGAAGUUACGUCAGAAAAAAGAGACCCAUCAAUAGGAGCUACGUCAAGUGUCUCAUUUAAUAUUGGCAAGAGUGUUCACAGUUCGGGUUUGAGUUCCUUUGGUUCAGGAACACAUAGUGGUUUUUCAUUUUCUCCUGGGAAUUCAGGUUUGUUUGGAAAAGAUGCAAACCAGGCAAAGUCUGUCACUGCAGUAUCCACCAAUGCAUUGGAAGCUCAGACAGAAAGCGGGAACAGUGACGAUAAAGGUGGAGAAGAGGAGGAAGAAGAGCCACCAAAAGUCAUUGUUAAUGAAAUAAAAGAGGAUGAUGCUUUCUACUCAAAGAAAUGUAAACUGUUCUACAAAAAGGAUAAUGAAUUUAAAGAAAAAGGUGUAGGAACAUUACACUUAAAACCAGCAGGAAAUGAAAAAACUCAACUCCUAGUCCGAGCAGAUACCAAUUUAGGAAACAUACUGUUGAAUGUUUUAAUUCCAUCGAAGAUGCCAUGCACAAGAACCGGAAAAAACAAUGUUCUUAUAGUUUGUGUUCCUAAUCCACCAAUUGAUGAGAACAAUCCAACUGUUCCUGUCACUAUGUUAAUAAGGGUGAAAACAAGUGAGGACGCAGAUGAAUUGCACAAAAUCUUACUUGAGAAGAAGGAGGCUUAAGUAUUUUGCAGUCAGUGAUUUGAGAAAUUAUUGCCAAACUGCUGCUGCUGCUGCUCUAUUUUUUCUUCCAUAUCUUCACUUGAACACUUAACUCUUUAUUCUGAUACUAAGAACUACUAUAGAAAUUCUGGAAAAAUCUGUGAGGAAAAGGUAAACUAGCUAAUAAAAGUUUUAAUAGAACACAAGUUUUGGACUGUGCUCCCUCAUUUUUCAACAUCUAAAUGCAGGACUUCUUCUGGAUAAACCACACAGAUUUAAAUUAAAGCAUGUUUUUAACACUGGUCAAUUUGAAUGAAUGGACUGAAAUCAGAGUAUAAAAUACGGUACCAGAGAUUCUUCACAGACUACGGUGCAAUGCGACAGCCUCCUGUUGUGAGAGGAUAUUCAAAUUUAACUGUUGAAACUGUUUCUGUACUCAAGAUUUUUAUUUUUAAUUAGUCUGUCAUUCUGGUGAGACUAAUUUUUCAAACUGACAAUGUACCCAAACAACAAUGAUGAUGUAUAUUGUACUGUGUUUUAACUCCUACGAACUUGUGUGAUUCUGGGACUUGGAGACUGCAUCUCCAGCUAUUUAAUACAAAGUUAGCUUGCAUAGUCUUGUUGACAGUAGUGUUUCUUAGAGAAGAACUGUCAGUUCUGUUCUUACUGUAGCAACAAGCUAAUGAUGUGCAAUAGUAUAAGCAGACAACUGGAAGACUGUUUAUCUUGGACCACAACCACAGCUGGCAUUUACUGGCUUCUGACAAGUCAGAGGCAAAGGCUCUUCCUUCCCUAAUCUGUUGGGCUAAUACUGAAAUUCAGCAGAGGCAGAGCAGCAAGGGUACUUGUCAUGCUAGUUGCUAGUACUUUACUGAAGAUGGCUUUUCACAAAGUUCAGAAUUUUUAUAAAUCCUCAUAUUAUCUCUGGCCAUUACCAAGAAUGCAUGCACAAAUGUAUGUCAGUAAUCAUCUUUCCCAUCUGCUCAAACUAGAGUGCACUGCUGCACUACCUAAAGCAGUAGUUCACAGCUUUAGGAUGAUGAGCUUUCUGUCACAACUAGGGAGCACUCAUUUAAUCUGUAGCAGGUUUUAGCAGAGUUGAAAUGAACCAAGUGGCAGUGAUUCACAGAUCCACAGAGCAGAACAUUGUUUUGUUCUCGGUUUCCAUCAGACCCUGUUUGGUUAUUUAAUCCUUUUCUUUUUCAAAUCUUGUCCUAGUUGGCUGGCAUCUCCCUAAUAAAUAUUUUUCUGCUUCACUUUCAUCUCUGAGAGCUAUCAAAGUGCUAGAUGCUAAGGUUUAAUUUGAGCUGACCUCUGAUUUGUUACAGUGACCAGCUCUGGGGAUUUGGAAGAAACAUGCCACCCUGCUUCUGGCUAAUAAGGCUCAGAGGGAAAAACCGAACAUUCACUAAUGCAACAGCAUGAUGCAAUUCUCACAGGGGACUAUACAAUCUGUAACAGUAGGAGCCUGUGGUGAGGGAAAAAGCAGUAGUACCAUUUGAGUAGUUUUUUCUACCUGCUCUCCACCAGGGAGCAAAUGGCUGCCUUUAGGCCUAGUUUUCUGCACAAUUCAGGUGAAGGCCUUUUUUCCCCGUUAACUAAAAAGCAGGAGAAAACUAUAGGAUCUAUAGCCCUCUUGACCAAAGUUCAAAAACAAAGGCCUUUGUUCACAUUUCAGCUUCACUGAGAUCACUGGAAUUGCAUUUUUAACACUCGAGUGUAAGGGGAGCUUAGAUAUUGUUUCAAGUAUUAUUGGAAAUACGAAGUUGUGCCUUUUUUUUCUUUUUUUCCCUCGCACCCAGCUUAGUGCUCAACUAUAAAAAAUAAUUGACAUCACUUAAUUUUUUUUUUUUAAAGUCUUGCUGAUACCUAAACUGGAGGCCAAAAGCUGAAGGCUUUCAUGGUAACUGUGUAUGAAUGAAAAACAGAACUAUUGCCUGGAAGUUUAUUAUAGGCUCAGGUGUAUCGUCCAAGGGCUCAGUUAAUCUUGCACCUGUCUUUUAAUUGUAGUGUCUUAAACCUGUCUCCAUGAAGCAGCGUUUAUUUUCGUUAUGCAUCUCACUUUAAGAGUAAUCCAGUGCAGAUGGUUUUAGGGGUCUUAGUUUUGUUGUUUAUUUCCUAAAGCCCAUGGGUACAUAACUUACUGCAUAUCCAUUCAAGUGUGGACCAGUUAAAGCAGUUAAGAGACAAGCUGAGCUUCCUAGGUCUCCUUAAUGACUUACCUCCGAAGUGAGGCAGUCGCAGGGUUUUGCACAUGUCUUUGGCCCAAUUCUAAAACUGUCUAGUGCAUCUUUGUCGUGUUUUCAAGGGUGGCCAUUCUGAGGAUGAGCACGGAGUCUAAGAUAAACAGAGUAAUAGAAUAUGUUGAUACGCUGGAGAACAGUAUUCAUGGUAGCAAGCAAUAUCUUCUCUUAGCUGUGGGAAAGACUAAUAGAGAUGAGACAUCAAAAUUCUUUAGCAAUGUACUUAUUUAUCAGUAAAGCCUAGGAAAGGGUAAUAGAAAUCUUGUGUUAACUACAGUGUCAGAUAUAUGUAUAAACAUGGUUUUAAAAAUGGGAAAGUUUAACUGCAAAUUAGAUAUUUAAUCAACAUCAUUCUUAGUGACUCUGCAAUUAUCUGGACUAUGAAGCAGGAGAAACAAGUCAAACGUUUCACUUGGUGUUCAAUUACAAAGCACAAUCCUUAGUACUGUUACUAAAACAAAUCUGUGAUGAACCUCCAGUUUCUCUUUAAAUAUUAAAAUAGAUAUUUUUUAAAAGCCAGGGAUUAUUACAUAGAAAACUACAGACUAAAAUGAAUUAAAAGCAAGUUAGCGGAGAGAACAGAAAUCAAUUUAUGCCUCCCUAAGUGUCUACACAAGGAAGGACUUUGAUCAGAAUUCCAGUUCAAUGAGGCAUUCCUGUAUCGUGGUUGAUACUUAAUACAUUUAACAGCUAGAUAGCAGAUAGCUUAUGUUAAAGAUCUAAGUUUCCUCCCCUAAUUUGAGUUAAUGCCUAGACUGUUAAAGCUGUACAUAGGUGUUGGAGUGUCUAAUGGAUGAUGAUAUGCAUUCUUCCUUUUGCUGCAAUUUUGAAAUUUCAGCAGCUUGGAAGCCUCUUCCCUCCCACCUUUCUACUCCCUGAAAAAGAAAGUGAAGAUCUCAGCUUCUUUUACUUCUCAGAACCAUCUCUAAGAGAGAUUAUUACAGUUGUUGUGAAUUUUAUUUUAAAAUACCAAAUUGCUAUUUGCAGGUCUUUUGUAAUGUACUUAAAUGAUCUAUUUGGGAACACAACAGCAUCUUCUUACAAUCUCUUUUUGCUGAUGGACACAAAAACUUAAAUCUAUAGUUUAAAUGAAGAUGUUUCAGAACAUAAACCAAUUAGGAGGUAGGCUUUAGUAGCAGGAACUCCAGUUCAGCUCCCUUUGCAGCACUGUAACACUUAAAAUGUUCUUGAGGACUUAACUUUCUGAUGCCUUAACUUAUUUGCAUCUGCUAAAAUUUUGUAGCUGGUGCCUGUGUGCAAAAAUUUACUGUCAUUAAACAAUUUUAAGUGGCAUGAAUUAGUAUAAAUUCAAUGAAAAUGCUGAAUGUGAUGGUCUCUUAAUAGAUUUCAAAUUGCUCUGAGUUUUUCAAUGGAUACUUAAUUUUCACAUAACUUGUAACAAUGUUUUCAUUAGUUCUAAUGCAUUGAGGAAGUGUACAAAAAUCCAUGAAAAAUGUGAAUAAAUGAAUGAGAGAAGUG